AUCGAUUAUACAAAGUGUGCAAAGUGUGAACGGUCCCCGAGACGCGGUUUCUCGUGUGAUCAUGAACUAAAUGCAACAGGUUUUUUAUGUGACCGUCAACUAUAGGCGUAAUAGGUUUUUUCAUGUGAAUUAUUAAACUAUGAUCAAACUUAAGUACAGUAAACGUAAUUUGAAUACAUAACCCCCUUUCCUCUAUGGCUUACUGCGUUCAACUUCAGAUCACCCGUGAAGAAGACACAAAACUGGAAGACAAAAACGACAUCUGAUCCACUGUGUAAAAUGUAUUGACGUAGAAUUAAAAGCAUAAAUAUUUCAGCAUAAAGCAUCGAAAUAUUAUAAUUGGUGUUCUCAAGACUCGAAACUCUUUAUAUAAACUUUAAUUUAACAAAAAUAAACGAAAAGAACAAUAAUAAAAGUAAUAUUUUCCUCAUAAACUCUCACGAACAACGUUUUUCGAACGUCCUUAAAACCCGUUGCCUAGCAACCCCUCAUUGGACAUAGGUUGCCCAAGUUUACUGUUUCGAAAUGUCAACCAUAAAAUGUCAACUAUGAAUUAACUGCAAAAAACAGUUAUCUUCACAACAUUCCCCCUCCCCGCACUGCGUAGAGUGCGUAUCUAAACUAACUGUUCAACUAACACUGUUCCAUCAGUUUUCUUGAAACAGCGGUACUAACUUGUGUAUUGGUCGAACUAAAGUUCUGUCUCCGCACUGGACUUUUGCCACUCGCGUGUGACCGUCUUUACCAGGAUACGUCUCGAUGAUCCGUCCCAGAGGCCAUCGACCUCUUGGUAGGUUGUGAUCUAACGCAAGAACAACGUCGCCCGUUUUCAUGUCGUUCACUAUUUCCGUCCACUUCGGACGCUUGUUUAAUGUGGGAAGGUAUUCUUUCAACCAUCUCGUCCACACCUGAUUGAGUAGUUGUUGCACUCUUCGCCACCGAUUCCGUAAGUUAAAAUUGGUGUAGUCAACCGAUUCGGGAGCCACUUCUCCACCCACUUGCCCGUGUAGGAAAUGGUUUGGUGUUAACGGUGUAACAUCUUUAGGGUCCGUCGUCUGAUAGGUUAAGGGACGGGAGUUGACCAGACUUUCGGCAGCAGUAAAUGCGGUGAUCAAUUCUUCGUCUCGAAUGUCACUGUUUCCUAGGACCGAAUAGAUAGCACGUUUCGCCGACUUGAUCAUCGCUUCAUGUACUCCUCCGAAAUGCGGAGCGGCUGGAGGGUUAAAAUGCCACUGUACUUUGUUGAAGAGGUGGUUUGUCUUCUGCUGAAUACGGUUUGGGUCUAAUUUUCCCACCAAAUCUCUCAAUUCAUUUACGGCUCCCACGAAAUUAGUUCCAUUAUCACUUGUAACUUCGGAUGGUACCCCUCGUCGGCUAGUGAAUCGAGUGAAAGCAUUUAGAAAACUCUCCGUGUCCAGUGCCCAGGCCAUUUCCAAAUGGAUAGCUCUUGUCGCAAGACACGUGAAUAAACAUAACCAUCGCUUUUGACGGUGUCUCCCCCGGCCUUGCACCGUGAUAAAAGGCCCUGCGUAGUCCACAGCGCUCUGGUCGAAUGGACGAAAAGUAAAUCUAAGACGAACUUUUGGAAGUGGAGCCAUUAUUUGUGUCGCAAGCUUCAUCUUCCUCUUUUUGCACUCGUUACAUUCGUUCUCCCAGCUUCGAAUCUCUUCCCGUGCUGCUAUUAUCCAGAAUCUUUGUGACAGUUGAGCCAAAAUGAAAUUCACACCCCCUGUGUGAUUUGCUCUUUCAUGGUAAUGUUUAACAAUUAGUUUGGUUACGUGGGGACCUCGGGGUAGGAUUAUGGGGUGCUUUACGUCAUACGGAAGGUAAUCUGCAUACGUUAGUCUGCCAUCCAUACGAAUGAUUCCAUUCUCAUCAAUUCGAGGUGAUAGCUUAAUCAAAGGACUCUUGGGUGAGAUUGUUUUGUUGCUCUUUAGGGCUUGGUACUCUUCGGAAAAGAUUUCUAAUUGUACGUUGCGAAUGAUAUCUUCUUCUGCGUCCUGAAUUUCUUCUGGCUGUAGCGCUUUUCCAAAUACCCGAUUUGUUUUCUUCUGCAUGUUGCACAGAACUCGGACGACUCGUGCAUAAAUGCAAACCAGACGCAUCCACGAUGAGUACCGAUUGGGGCUUAAUCUCCAUUCGUCUGUUGUCGCGUUCGUUGCGGGAUUUUGUGGUACUGGACUUCCAUGACUAACUAAGACAGUAGGCUUCCUGCUUUCUUUCAUUUCGGUUGGGGGGCUUUUGUCAACAACUCUUGGCCACUUGUCUUCAUCCUUCAAUACCCAGUCAGGACCAUUCCACCAUAAUGAAUUCUCUUUGAGGUCUUCAGCGUUUAUACCACGUGAUAUAAGAUCUGCAGGAUUCUGCUCCGUAGGCACGUGUUGCCAUUGUUGAGGAUCACUAAACAUCUGUAUUUCACCGACUCUAUUAGCCACGAACGCACGAAAGUCCUUUCCAUGACCUCGUAUCCACCAAAGCACAUCGAGACUGUCCGAAUAGAAUGUUACGGUGCUCAUAGGGAUUUCCAAGACUCCAAUAACUGUUUGUGUCAAUCGUAGACCUGUUAUUGCGGCCAUUAACUCCAGACGCGGUACGGUGACUGGUACCAAAGGAGCAACUUUGCUCUUUGAUGCCAAUAGACGACAUGUAGGAGGAUAGGAUUGCUCAUACUCGAACCGGGCAUACACUGCAGCACCAAAUGCACUUGUUGAGGCGUCAACGAAGGUGAUCAACUUGAAAGAUGUAAUUGUUAAUGCAAGUCUAAUACAACGAGGAAUCUUCACUUCUGCUAAAACGGGUAACUGAUUAAGCCAAGACUGAAUUUGGUUUGCUAUGUCGUCAUGUAUUUCAUCAUCCCAAUCAUACCCUCGGCUCCACAACGAUUGAAGCAAUAUCUUUCCUUUUAUGAUCGCCGGCGAAAUCAGACCGAGAGGGUCAAAGAUUGUAGCUAUCUUCUUUAGGACGUUUCGUUUUGUUACCGACACGAAUGCAGUCAUUGGUGGUGCUGGAACGGAAAGGGUGUCUUCUUCACUGAACCACGAAAUACCUAACGUUUUAGUCACUGGUUGUUCUGCGUUUCGAAUCACCAGUUCAGAUGCUCGAUGCUCUUCUGGAAUAGCUGCCAGAACUUGCUUUGAAUUAGAGACCCAUUUCCUGGCUUCCAUACCAGCAUUCUUCCAUAGCUCUUGCAGUUCCUUUUGAAUAGUCUCGGCUUUGGCUUCGUCCUCGACGCUAUCGAUACUAUCGUCCAUGUAUGUAGACUUCAGAACUGUUUCAGCUGCUAGUGGAUAACGAUCUUGAAAACGACGAGCAUUUUCUUGGGCGACAUAUUGCGCUUCCAUAGGCGCCGAAUUUUUCCCAAAUACGACUCGUGUAAAUUCAUACUCAUCAGGCUCCCAGUCGUUCUCGUAAUCUCGCCACAAGAUUCUAAAGUACGGACGAUCUUUCUCUUCUAUCUCGAUUUGUAAAUACAUCUCUUUUAUGUCGCAGGCAAUUCCAAUUGGAUUUCGCCGAAAACGUACGAGGACAUCGAACAGUUCGGUUUGUAACUUGGGACCAGCAGAGAUUGCAUCGUUCAGCGACACGCCUUCGCACUUUGCCGAGCAAUCGAACACUAUGCGCACUUUAGUUGUUGUUUUGUUUAACUUGACUAUCGGAAAAUGUGGCAGAUACCAAGACGAUGGAGACGACAUUUCUUCGGGAGUCAACUUUCGUAAAUAACCUUUUUCAAUGUACGAUUUUAUUGUUUCUUCGUAUUCUUUCUUAACAAAGUUACCUUUGGUGUUCAAACUUCUUUCGGUGCCUUCCAGACGUUUCACUGCCAUUUCCCGAUUGGUUGGAAGAGUCGGGAAGUCCUCUUUCCACGGGACAGCUAUAGAAUAGCGGGUCCCAUUGUGCGUUAAUGACGACUCCACUUUUUCAAAUGCAUUCUUCUCUUCCUUGGUCAUUACCGCUGAUCGUUUGGUUUCGGUUCCAUAACUUUCAAUUUCCCAAAACUUUCUCAAUGUGUUAUUUACAUCACAGCAAUUAACCUUUGUUUGGUCGCCGUGAGCAUCUCUUGUUAAAAAGGAAUGCAUGAUAAGAUGAGACCUCUUACCAUCCAGUUUUCCGGUCGGUCCAAUGCAGGUCCAUCCAAGAGGACCCAGGCGAGCGAUUGGGCUAUUUGGUGGUCCAUGCACGUCCACCUUCGAAUAAUGCAGAUCAGCAUUGUCCACUCCGAUUAGCAAGUCCACUAGGCCAUUUUGCGCCGGCCUUGCAAAUUCACAUUGUAAGAGAUGAGGCCAUUGCGUCUUCGUUUCAUUCCAGUCUUCAACUUUAUAAGUUCCAGUAACUUGAUGGGGACAAGUUUUUACCUCGAUAACUUUGCCAAAAUCACCAUUGACACUUUCAAUUUCAAUCUUUGCAGGCAUGGACUGAAAUGUUUCCACAGAAUUGUUCAAAACGUGAACUUGAACAGACUGAAACGCUUCUUGAAUACCUAGUAGGUUAGCCACAUGUUCGUUUACGAAUGACUCAUUCGACGCGUCAUCUAGUAUGGCGUUGACCUUGACCUUCUUUCCAUUGUUUUUCAACCAUACAGGAACUGUCCGUAAUGAACACUGCUCUCUGGAGGAUGAGUGGUUUUGUGUCAUCAUUGCCACUUUGUUACUUGGGCCUGCCCCCUCCCGUGAAGCUGCCCCCUCCCGUGACGACUCUGGGGGGGAAGGUGGUAUGGGUGAUGGUGGAGUGACAGGUUGGCGAUGUAGCAAACGGUGAUGAUUGAGCUGGCAUCCAUUCACUUUGCACGGCUGCGAUCUUCGACAAUCUUUACCCCGAUGAUCGUUACUCAAACAGCGAAAACACAGCUGUUUCUCUUUUGCAAAGUUCCAUCGUUGUUCCACCGAUCUUUGUUCAAACUGUCGACAAGCCCAAAUACCAUGAUACGGCCUGCUACAGAAGGCACAAGGAGGCUUUUGUUUUGGGCUUUUGUCUUCGUUAAACGCUGAAUUUCGUUGAUUGUUCGAAGCCAUGAAAAAGGAACUUGGAUUGCUCCUUCCACCUUUCGUUGGAUAUUGCUUUCGAUUAUAUCGCACAGAAUCUUCGGAUUCUAUCCCAUGGUGGCUCAAUUGCUUCAACUCUAAUUGAGACUUCUUCCUUUAACCAGUCUCGUAGACUUAAAACCGAUCUGUCUUUACUGUGCUCAUUCAUCCAUCGUGUGUAAAUUUCUAACUGGUGUCCUGUCAACUUCUUGACCAACAAACUGUACAGCGUUCCAUCACCAAGUUCUCCUACUUUCCCUUCUGCCUGCAACUUAACAACCGUCACUCUUACUAGGUCUGCGAACCUUUCGAAACCUUGAACAUCAGCUGCUCGUAAGGGGUGCAUUCUUUCUAAAUCAUCCAGGUAGGCACGAAGCUGCCUUCUCUGACCUCCGAAUUUUGUAUUUAAAAUCUCCUUCGCCUCCUUAUACUCAGGCCCUGACACACCAAGUCCACGGAUUGAGUCCAGGGCUAUUCCAGUUAAGCUUUGGCGGAGUCUUGCCAUCUUUAAGCUAGUUGGUUCGUUCGACAUAUCUACUAGGCUUACGAACAGUCCCCAAAACUCUUCAAACUUUUUCUUGUCUCCGUCAAAGGUUGGCACCCUCAAUGGCUUCAGCCGACGGUUAAUAACAGUUUCUCCAUGUCCACUACUUGUUGUUGUAACAUCAUGCUGCGGACUAGGGUACCCCGUUGAGGUGGAACUACUGUUCUCGGUAACCGGUUGUUGUAGGUGAUCAUUACCCCCUAAUGUUGCAGGAGCCACAGCCUGGGGCCCCUGGUUUGUGACGUCAUCAGCUAUGUCGAGUUCACCUUCAUUCCCAGUUACGGAAGUGGAAACCCCUUGAUUAUCUGUGACUUCGGUUUCUGCUUCACCCCCUGUGUUUGGGGCAGUUUUCUGUAUGGGUGGACUCAGCACACAGCUUUCUGAUGCACAUUUAACAAUAACAGCCUGCGUCUUUUCAAUGACCUUCUGACAUUCCCCCUCUAACUCAUUCGACUCUUGCAUCACAAGCUUAUGACUUUCGAAAUCUUUCUGUUCCAUGAAAUAUGCAGACAUUUCAUCCAUGAUAACUUGUGUAUCUUCCAGUAUUUGCCACAGUGUCUCUACACGAUGUUCCAGUUCCUGUAUAUCAACCUCCGCCUUUUCAACGAUUAACUUCUCAAGAUGAUGCCUUGCUUUCGUUGUGCUACGUUUACUGGCUCGUUUUCGUCGGUUUAACUCGAUUAGAACUAGCUUUUGUUUAACUUCCUCAUCCGCUUUAGGCUCCUCUGGUAUUUCACUAGGAUCCAGUUCUGUGUCCGACAUGAUAGCAACACUUAAGUUUCAGAUACCAACAAAUUAUGCCAAUUUACUAGAUAUUUUUUCUCCAAGCUCAAAAUGUACAAAAAAGGGUAAACAACACUUUGUCCAAAUAUAGAUCAACAAUUCCAGUAAAAAACUAGCGAACACAAGUUCCCGCACGCUGAACGUUUGUAUAAAAUCCGAUAACUAACAAUAUUCUUGCAUUAAUAAAAAACCCACACUAGCAAAUUCAAUCCGUUAGUUUAUUCCAUAUUCGUUAAUUUAUUCGAUAUUCGUUAAUUUAUUCGAUAUUUCAAAUUUUCAAAACACGCAUAAAUUACUCGCAAUGUCUCCGAUAUUUUUCGAUCUUUUACGAUAUUUAUCACGAAUUAAAACCCACACGCAACCGUAUACAACAAUUCAAGAUUCUCUUACGUCCCAACCAUCGACAAUUCCUCACACUUUUGCGAAAUUAAAUCCAACAACGAUACGAAUACUUCUUGCAAAUGCCGCCUGUCAAUAUUUUUCCAAUACUACGAACGAAAGAUCACGAUUAUAUCAUUAUAAAACUCCAAUGUCCUGGCAGGAUCGCCAAAAAUAUGUUCUCAAGACUCGAAACUCUUUUUAUAAACUUUAAUUUAACAAAAAUAAACGAAAAGAACAAUAAUAAAAGUAAUAUUUCCCUCAUAAAAUCUCACGAACAACGUUUUUCGAACGUCCUUAAAACCCGUUGCCUAGCAACCCCUCAUUGGACAUAGGUUGCCCAAGUUUACUGUUUCGAAAUGUCAACCAUAAAAUGUCAACUACGAAUUAACUACAAAAUACAGUUAUCUUAACAACAGUUUCUAUAAACAAUCUAACGGUGCUCCAACUUAAUAAAUGAUCCAUUUCGAGCUGGGAACGUGAUGUAUAUAGUGGAGUUGUUGGUGAUCUAUUUAAGGAUAUAUGUUGGAAGUUUUAUCUCAGACGCUGCUGAAGUUGGUCAAGCGGAGCCAUAUUGUUUGUGUAAAUCGACUGAUAACUCUAGUAACUCAAGUCUGUUUUCUAUAACAAUGAAUACAUCUGGAAGUUUCAGCUAUCAUUAUAACAAUGGACUUAAUCGAAAUUGGCUUCCUAGAGGCAGAAGAGCUGGGUUUAAAACUAAAAUGAAGGAGGCAGCGAGAAAGUUAAAUAUUCCCGUGAUAGCUCAACCACGGAAAAUUUAUUCAAACUACAACGAUUUUCGGGGAGUAAAUACGAAUAAUUUAGUUGUUAUUCCUGUAGCUGAGACCCAGAAAACAUUUGAGAAUCAAACAAGCUUCGUUCCUAACAUUAUGCUGUCAAAUACUAUGUCUCUGGUCCCAAAGCUGAUUGAAAUACAAGAACUGCUUUUACGGCUAAAUGUCGAAAUUGCAUGUAUAGUCGAAACCUGGCUGAAAAAUCACAUAGACGACACGGUGGUGAAUAUUGAGGGCUACAAUGUGAUUCAGAAAGAUCGUACCUCCCACGAACACGGAGGAGUCUGUAUCUACCUAAAGGACAAUAUAAAAUAUGAAACCAUUGGAGAUCUACAAUGUUGUGAGCAUCAUGAAAUAAUUUGGAUUAAACUAAAUCUUAAACGAAUUCCUCGGGGUUUUUCAUGCAUCAUAUUAGCGGUUGUCUAUUAUCCAGGCCGAACAAGCCCAGCAGAAUCUGAUGCCACGAACAUCAUUAGCCACCUGUUCGACAGUUUGAUGACGGCAGAAUCCAUCUUUCCGAAUUGCGGAAUAAUCAUUACCGGUGAUUUCAAUCGACUUAACCUCAACCAAUUGAAAAACCACUUCAAGCUAAAACAACUAGUUAAAUUUCAUACGAGAGGAACAGCAAUACUUGAUUUAAUUCUGACGAACAUGAAUAAACACUUUUCCACACCUGAAUGUUUCCCUCCGUUGGGUUUGUCGGACCAUAAUACAGUUUUCUUAAAACCAGCAUUAAGAAUCCCAAAUCAGCAUACUCGGAAAACUGUAACAAUACGUGAUAUGCGAGAAAGCAAUAGGGCCCGCCUUGGUCGCUACUUUGCCUGCGUUGAUUGGUCGUGUUUAUAUAGUCAAAAUACCUGCGAAAACAAAUCUAAAGUCUUUAAUGAUCUCUUCACGAUUGGUUUGGAAAACAUCUUACCCGAAAAAUCGAUAAAGAUUUAUCCUACAGACACCCCGUGGAUGUCUGUAAAGUUGAAGAAGUUAAUACACCAGCGCCAGAUCGCCUUCCACAAGAACAAAAACAGUUUAUCAUAUAAGUUCUAUCGUAAUGCAGUAAAUAAGGAAAGGAAAAGAUGUAAAGCAGCGUAUUACGCCUCUAAGGUGAAAGACCUUAAAGGAGUCAACCAACGAAAGUGGUGGGAUGAAAUCAACAAGUUAAGCGGAUCCAAAAAGAAAAAUUCAAAUUUGCAAUGUUCCCUCAACAUCCCCGAAUACAAUGAUAAGACAAACCCAGAAAUCGCCAAUGCCAUCAACGAAGCUCUGUUAGAUCCCCUGCAAGUUUUAAAACCUCUCGAUCCUGAAUCCGCAGAUGUAUUUUUACCGUUGGAAGAAAAUCCUGAAUUCCUCGAAGUACCAGCUUAUCGAGUGUAUAAUAAUUUGAUACACCUGAAUAAAAAAAAGCCUCUGGUCCUGAUGGUGUAUCAAACUGGAUGCUGAAAGACUAUGCCGAGUUCCUAGCGCAGCCAAUUGCGGAUAUAAUAAACGCCUCGUACAAAGAACAAAAACUACAAAAAACUUGGAAACUGGCAGAUAUUACACCUCUCCCCAAAGUAAAGCAAGUUACUGACCCAAAGAAAGAGCUACGACCUAUCUCUCUGACUUCUGCAGUUUCUAAAUUGCAGAAGACUUUGUAGUUUCAGACUAUAUUAGACCAGCUUUAGAGAAGAAAGUAGAUCGUAAUCAAUUUGGCACCGUCUCUGGUUCUUCCACUACGUUAGCUCUAAUAGGUAUGGUGCAUAACUGGCUCGAAGCUACAGACGGUAAUGGAUCUGCAGUACGGGUCAUUUUGUUCGACUACCGUAAAGCGUUUGAUCUCAUAGAUCAUGGCAUCCUAAUCACCAAAUUGAAAGAAAUUGGUAUACCAAACAGCAUCAAAAAUUGGAUAAUCGACUUCCUCUCAGAUAGAUCACAACGAGUGAAGCUUAGUAAGGACUGCCUAUCAGACUGGGGCAAGAUUCCCUCUGGUGUUCCCCAGGGUACCAAACUUGAACCCUGGUUAUUCCUACUAAUGAUUGACGACUUGUCAGUUUCUGAAAUUUUCAACAUGUGGAAAUAUGUCGAUGACACUACAGUAUCGGAAACCAUAUCAAAGGGGCAACACAGCCAUGUACAACAGGCAGUGGACCAAGUUAAUGAAUGGUCAAAGGAAAACUUGAUGCAACUAAACAGUGAAAAGACAAAGGAACUGAUCAUAAGUUUUAGCCGACCCCAUCCUCCACAAUUCUCACCUAGUAUUAUAGACGAAAAUCCCAUUUUGAGGAUAACCAAAGCAAAGUUACUCGGGUUAACUUUUAAAAUAAGACUUUGACUCUUAAAGAAAUUUUAGUUAGUAAAGUAGUUAAGUUGUAAAUUUUUUGUAAAAGUUGCGCAAUUCAGUGUAAAAUUGCAAGGUAACUUAUUAAAUAAUCUAUCUAUCUAUCUAUCUUCUACAGCGGGAAGUGUAUCAGCCAGUUUUUCACCAACUCAGCUUUCUGUUGAUCAGAUGUUAUGAUUUUGCCAUCUAGUCCUUUAAUACCAAGUAUUGGUUUACUCGACAGUUUAUUCGUAGCAUUUUUCAGCAAUCUCCAGUAUGACUUACAACUCUUUACUUCAUUGAACAGGUCUAUGCAGUAUUUAGUUUUGGAAAGUCUUACUUGCGUGUUACUCCAUUUCUCAAUGCGCGGUAUUCCGCAAACAACUCCGGGUUUUGCGAUCUAUCAGAUGGCGAACUUGUGGGGUGAUCCAUGGCAAGGAGUUCUGUCUUACUUUGAUUUGUCUGUAAGGCGCAUGUCUUUCGCAGAUGUUGUUAAAAAGAUGAUCCCACGCCCAGUAAACAUCGUCCGUAUCAUCAAACACGGAACACACAGACCAAGGUUCUUCGAAUUCUUCGAUAUCUUUCCGAAAAUGUUCCAAGUUGAACUUACUGUAGGUGCGUGUGUUGAUAAUCUUUGGUGGAGGUCUUUUUACCUUGGUUACUAAUGAAACGUACACUAACAUGUGAUCGGAAAUUCCUAACUCCAAACAUUUUGUUUCUAUAAUUAUUUCCGGUGUACUGGAAAUUAUAUGGUCAAUGAGGGUUGAGGAUGUUGCUGUAACUCUAUAGUUGACUGAUCGUUCAUUACAGAGUAGUUAAAAUGUUGUAAUAUCCGGAGUAGUUUUUUACCCUGUCUUGACACAAUUUCACCGUUUUCGAACGAGUUAUAUCAGCAUUUAGAUCAGAAAUGAUUAACACAUUUCUGAAUUUACUCCACACUUUUUCCAAAACCGUAUAAAAGCUGUUGAAGAAAUUGUAGUCCGACGGAGGUCUAUAGACAGUUCCUAGUAUAGUUGAGGUCGAGUUAACUGUGAGUUUAAGGAGGUUCCCUACAGUUCCGUGCGGGAUGUUUGCGGGACAAGUACGUGAACUAUCCCACGCAACUGCAUGAUCAAAACAAAACAAAAAUUGACCAUGCUUUUUUAAAAAUAAAGCUAUUUCUGAAAGGUUUCUAAUGGAAAAAAGCGUUGAAUAAUACUUCGUUUUGAGUGCCAAAUCACUUGCGAAUCUAUACAGCAAUUAUACAUAUGAUACGAAUAUCACUAGACCAAAAAAUAGCUACGAAACAAUAUUUUUAAUUUAUGCACUGUCAACUGAUUCAACUGUAAAACAUUUGCAAAAUUGCACACAAACGUUUAAAAAGUUGUUUACUUCUCAAGAAAACGUUCACGUUUUUAAUCGUGUUUCUACAAGAUUAAAGUGAUUAUAUGUAAACGGAAAAUAUUUCAGUUUCAUAGCCUAAUUGUUCAUUUUUUAUAGCAGAAAGUACAAAACCAAACAUGAAACAAAAAACACGUCCACCUGUUAAUAGGCUGUUACAGCUCAUUGAUUGAGUAAACGGCAGGAUUCAAUUAGCUUCAACCUUGUUUUCAUCGAUUUAAUCCUUCACAAUAAUCCUUGGUUGUCCAUAGCACUCAAAUAAAUCGAAAAGUUGACAAAAACAAAACAGUAAAAACAACAUUGCGGCUCGAUUUUGCUGAAUGAAAACUCGUUCUGCGCCCGCGUACAAUCUUUUACUAGUCAGCGACGCUUUUCAAUAGGGGAAUUUCUCGAGUUACACGAGGCUAUUUUCUAACUUUAUUUGCAUUUUACUCAUUAGUUUCAUCGGUGACCUAUCUUCAAAUUUUGGCCACGAAUUUAUUUUGCGGUAAAUUUUAAAAAAUUUCAAAUUUUAAAAAAAUCUGUAGUGUGGAAAUUCCGCAAUAAAUUUUUCGCUUUUAAAAAAAUCACACACUACAGAAAUUUUUUAGACUUUCACCACAGUUGCAGAGCAUCAUUCCUUAUUGAUAUAUGAAAUAAAAAAGAUAGAUCACCGACAUUGUUUUUGAGAUAGCGGCACAUUUAUGGGUUAAAUUGGAAGGCUUUAUGCUGUCGUCAUGUUGCCAUGGGAACAUUGACAUUGUCGAAAUCUAGUUCGAAAUAUUCCUUAGGUGACCAAUAUUGCCACCAAGUCGAAAAGAAUUCGCGUUCUGCACGAAUAAGCCUGUUUUACGGAAUUAUUGCUUAAACAAGAAUAACUGUAGGGAGCCACCUUAAAGUUAAACCAUAUUCCUUCGAUUUCGUGUGUCUCUAGAGAUUUAAGUCGCGAGCAACAAAUGUUAUUUGAAACAUAAACAACGAAACCUCCUCCGGGGCCAUUAUCUCUGUCCUUUCGAACUAUAAUUGUUGGUUAGAAAUCUUUGCUUCAAGGUGCGACUCAGUUAUUGACAGCACAUCAAAACGGCAUACUUUCAAUUCAGCAGUAAUUUAAUUUCAUCCAGUGGCGUGCUGGGUACUAUUUUUCUGGAGGGGCCAGUUGGCUGUCAACCAAUAUGCGCCCCUAUAAUGUUACACUUGAUAAACGAGGGCCUAAGGCACGAGCCGAGUGCCGCAGGUGCGAGGUUUGUCUAGGGCGGUCCGGGGGCAUGCCCCCUGCAAAUUUUUUGAAUUUAGAGUCUCUGAAAUGCCAUUUCCUGGACUUUGGGGGAAGAUUUGACAGAAAUCUGAUGAUCAGGAAACGGCAUUAUAACGUGUCGAAAUUUGCAAUUUGGUUAGAAUUUAGUAGUAGUACUUAAAUUAUGCAAUGCUAACUACUUCCAGCGAUUAAUUUAAUCCCAAUUCUGUUCUCUACUGAUCUACUGCUCUGAACACAUUUACAACUUAAAGCUCUUUUAUACAAUAACACACGCACCCCACGCACAUGCAUUUUAAGGUUUCUUUGCCUGGCUGCCCAAAAGGCAUGUUUCAGCAUUAUUUCAUUACUUACAUUACUCAUGCUUCUUGUGCAAACAACUAAAUUGCAUACACAACUUUACAUCAGUUAUCAUAACUUCAACUAUCUAAUUUGCGCCGCCCUCGUGAUUCGUGAAGCAUAAUAAAGGGCAUAUUAUAAGGGCAUAAUACCAGCAAAAAAGGGCAUAAUUCCCGUGAUCGCUUCGAUCGAAACCUGACCAAUAUUCCGGUAAUGAGACAUUGCCUGUGAUCACUGAUCAUGUUUUUGUAUGAACGAUUUCGUGUGAGCUGUGAGGUAGCAAAUACGGUUAGGCAAAAUAGUCUGUAAUUUAAUAUAUGUCGCCUAUGCGCUUAGCCUGUUUUAUACUGUAGCCUAUAAACACGUCUUUUCUUGGCGGAAGUAACCAUAUUUUUUCGAGAAUGUGUUUUUUCCCACCCACUUUCAAAAUUCGGCGCCCCAUUUUCAUUUUUGCGCCCCCCAAGAAUCGCCAGCUGGGGGGGCCGUGGCCCCCCGGCCCCCCCCCUGCCAGCACGCCACUGAUUUCAUCUAGUUUGUUCCGGAGACUAUGAAUAUUGAUGUGUGCAAUUCGUAGGUUGGUUGACGAGUUGUCUAACGAAUGAACAAACUGUUCUAAAUAAUCUUUGCGACUGUCAACGCUUUGUGUACUAGGGCCGGGAUUUAACUCAAUGGCACCAGAGAGUUACAGAAUUUGCUUUGAAGCAAAAGAAUUUGAAUAAUACGCAAUACAACAAUCUGAAAACUUCCUUUUUGCGAAAUUACCAUAGAGUAUUGUUCUCGAAUUCACACAGUUUAUUUGAUAGAGUUGCUGAGAUUUUGAUAAAACAUAAUUAUAUAGUGUUGCGAGAAAGUUCUUCUGGCACUAUUAAAACACAGAACGUAACUAGAAAGCCAAGUACCGUUAAUUUCUUUGAUAGCUUGUAUCCAGUCCCUCUUUUUCUCAUUCGCGUGCGCAAACAAUUGCGCAGAAGAAACGGUUUUAUUACGUAAGCAUACUGAAAAACCAAUAACAAACAAAUUCUCAAAACAUAAACACACAUUUUCCAAGAUACUUUUCCAUUAAACAGUAAAACACGAAGAUAUCCAGUACAUCCAUAGACAAGCACUUUACACACCAGAUUCAACAACAUUUUUAUGCAAAAAUGUCCAAAUUAAGUUACAAAGCAAAAAUGUGCAAAAUAAGUUUCUGCACGCUCACGCGAUCACGUCACAUAUAUAUUUGGGAAAUUGAUAAUUUUGUAAUUAAAAGUGAUAUUUUGAGGGGAUUUUCAUUUGCAAAAAUAUUCUUGAAAAAUUAUCGUGUUAAAAUUAUCUAUCGUGUUUUCUUUCUAGUAGAUAGAAAAUAAGACACCUUUUUCGUGAUACAAUUCAGAUACAAUAGCGCGCUGAAGUCCGAUGCUUUCAAUUCGAGGCUAGUCCUGGGUACGAGGUUGAAUGGCAACUUUCAAACAGCUUUGUAGGGCACGAACAAAUUAGUUCAACAAAAUGUUCGUUUUUUAGUUUCAAACAAAUUUCAGAAAAUAUCCAAAAAUUAAAGCAAGGAGAAUUCAAGGAAUUUCAAGGAUUCGCAAGGACUUUCAAGUUUUGCACGAUCCCUGUCAAAAGCGUUUAUAUUCAUGAUUUAUAAAGGGUUGGGGGAAAAUACGGGCAAGGCAGACCCUCCCACACAUGCAUAGCACCGCCGUAUCAUAACACUGUAGUGCACUAGUGCCAUAGUACCCUAGAACUUUACCGUUUGUUUGCUUGCUUGCCCGCCCGUUUGCUUGCCCGUUUGUUUGUCUGUCUGUCUGUCUGUCUGUCUGUCUGUCUGUCUGUCUGUCUGUCUGUCUGUCUGUCUGUCUGUCUGUCUGUCUGUCUGUCUGUCUGUCUGUCUGUCUCUGUCUGUCGUGUGUUUGUCUGUCCGUGUGUCUGUCUGUCUGUCUGUUUGUCUGUCCGUGUGUUUGUCUGUCCGUGUGUUUGUCUGUCCGUGUGUUUGUCUGUCCGUGUGUUUGUCUGUCCGUGUGUUUGUCUGUCCAUGUGUUUGUCUGUCCGUGUGUUUGUCUGUCCGUGUGUUUGUCUGUGCAUUUGCGUUUGCGUUUGCGUUUGCGUUUGCGUUUGUGUUUGUCUACCGGUGGACCAGCAUGUCAGCAUUUCGUUAAAUGUUUUAACCACAAUAUUUUGUUGUAUACCAUCUCUAAAUUUUGCAAGACAGUUUGCAUACGAAUGAGAACAACUUUAAGUACUAGUUAAAAUAUGAGUAGCUGAUCGUUGUGGGCAUUUAAUGCCCAUACUUGUAAAAUGAAUUUAUUUGUUUACUUUAUUAGUAUGCUCUGCCCAUGGGGACAAUCUCACGCUUCAUUAGGAUGCUAUUAAAACUUAAAUUAGUAUUGUUAACUUUCGUAAACAUCCAUGCUUCUCAAUUAGUAUUGUUAACUUUCAUAAACAUCCCUCUUACACGAUUUUCUGAUCUUUAAUGCGGUUUACAAGUGUGCACAUGUGACUUGAAUACCGCAUCGCGAUUUGUUUGUGGCCUUAUUAUGGCCUUAUUAAUUAUUCAUGAAUAUUACAAUAGUCAGACAAUAACUUUUCCAAAGUCAUGUUUUUGCUCGCUACUCUGGUUUAUAUGAUGAAUACAAAACCCAGUCGAAUUGUAAUCAAGACCCAACGUUUCGACACUCCAGUCUAGUGUCUUCAUCCCCAAGGGAUACGUCAUCUGCCAAUAAGAUGCAUGUAUUCUUUUGGCAAAUAGGCACUGCCAUCCCUAUUCAAAGCAUGAUUAGUUUUGCACUCAGUUUUUCUGAUUCAAUAUUCUCAAGGGUGAAAAAAUGUGUACAUUAUAUUAACAUUUAACUGUUGUACAAUACAUCUGUACCAUAACGUUUGUGAUGUGACCCUAUACCUUUCGUGCGUGUCGUGUCAAUACUAGAACUUUGCGGGCAAGCCGAUUUUCCACGAAUUGCGACCACAAAUUGACUCCUAAGAUGAGCUAGCUCAUCGUAGUUGAGUAUGUGUAGGUUGCAUAUGCUGUGUACUGAAUAUUAAACACUGAGGUAGGAGAAACCUUGAUAUAUUUUAUUCAAUAUAAAGUUUCGAGCUAAUAUGGCUAAUAUGAAACAACUAAAGUCCUAAAUAAAAUACCAAAUAUUUUACUCAAGGCAGGGCCGUCCUCAGGAAAUUCUUCAGGGGGGGUGUAAUUCAAUUCAACCGACUGGUUCAAAAAAUUUUUUCCGGAACGAAAUUUUUUUGGUCGCCGAAAAAAUUUUGUCAGUGUACCAUUUUAGGGGUCCAAAAAAAUUUUUCCGGACGUACAAAAUUUUUCCGGAACAUUCAAAAAUUUUUCGCACAUAGCAAAUUUUGGGUACAUCCUCGGGUAGAAGAAUUUGCAUCACAGACUACGUCAUCAGUUAGUUAUAGCGAUUAGUUUUGAGGUUAGGGUAAGGGUUAGGGUAAGGGUUAGGGUUAGGGUGAGGGUUAGGGUAAGGAUUAGGCUUAGAGAUAGGGAUUUGGUUAUAUCUGACGCCACAAACAACACAACUAGCCGAUCACGUGAUCACUUCUCCUCUACCCGAGGAACUACCCCAAAUUUUCAACAUUUUUUAACAUUUUUCCAAAAUUUUUACAUUUUUCCUCAAAAUUUUCCUAAAAUUACCACCACGUUCUUGCCCUUUGCGCCAAAAAUAUUUAACCCAAGUAGCAGUUCUACCGACUGAAUAGCAGUCCUACCGACUGAAUAGCAGUCCUGCCGACUAAAUACAAUUACUGGGGGGGUGUCACACCCCCCCACACCCCCCCGUAGCUCCGGGCCUGACUCAAGGGCUAUGUAAAUAAACAUAUCUUCAAAAAUGUCUCAAAACCUUCAUUUCCACCAAAUUCUGUCGUUAAAUAUUAAUAUUAUCUCACAAUAUUUACGCAUGCAGAAGAAAAAUACAGUCGGUACUUUUAUAAGACCACCUAUGCUAAAACCCCAACAAACCACAAAUAGUUAAUAGCGAUUAGCUGCUAAUCAAUUUCUAUUCUAUUAAUUAAAUUUCUAGGAAAAAAAUUGUUAUGGCAGAAUCAUUGUUGGAAGUUGCGAAGGCUCUAACUGUUAAUGUAUCGUGUAACCCUGUUGGUGGUAACUUUUCAAUCAAUAUCAGCACUGACAAUGUGCAAGUAGCACGAGAAGUGUGCAAGACUGUAACCACACUAGGUGCUCUUUAUUUUGGUUAUAAAUUAUUAAAACCAUUAAUCGAGAGUGCGGUUACAAGAGGUCUUGGUGGUGAACGAGAUGACCAAGAAGUUCGAGGUAUCCGACCAGGAUCUUUGCAUGUUCGAUUACAUUGUUUUACAGACGAAAGAUUUCUGGAAGUCUUAGCAGAUUAUGAAUCAGGAAGGAUGAAAGAACGCUUGCAGGAAGAAUUUUCGCAGAUUGGAAUUAAAGUAGAAGGACUGAAGGUGGAUAUUGAAAACAUGGUAGAGGUGAACGAAACAAAGAAAGCAAUAAGCAAGAGGUAUGAUAAAUGUUUUACGAAAAAUAUAACUCGUGCUGCGAGCUCGGUCUUAAAUUCCAAUGAUAGAUUUCCCACUCGGUUUUUAGCCUCGUCCACAGUCCCAAACUAUGUAACUUUUCCCUGAGGUAUAAUUAAUUAAUAGAUUUGCUAACAAAGUCAUGCAAAAAUAGUAAUGUCUUUUCUACCUAGAGAAAACUUUAGAUUAGGAAAAUGGUAUACAAAUAGUUAAAGUAACAUCUUAACAUUGUUUUAACGCAGAUCUUUCAACAAGGACCAACAAGGAUCAACACAAUACUCUAUGAAAGACUAUCAGACAGCCCUAGAAUCACAUCAACAUGCUCUUCAAAUCAGAUUAAAACGGUUUGGAGAAUAUCAUGCUGACACAGCUAAAAGUUAUCACGUCAUUGGAGUCACACAAAAUAACAUGAAAGAUUAUAAGUCUGCAUUAGAGUCACAUCAACAUGCUCUUCAAAUCAGAUUAAAAUUGUUUGGAGAAGAUCAUGCUGACACCGCUCAAAGUUAUCACAACAUUGGAGUCACUCGCAGUUGUAUGGAAGAUUACAAGUCUGCAUUAGAUUCACAUCAACAUGCUCUUCAAAUCAGAUUAAAAUUGUUUCGAGAAGUUCAUUCUGACAAAGCUGAAAGUUGUCAUGAGAUUGGAGUAACACAAAAUAAAAUGAAAGAUCAUAAGUCUGCAUUAGACUCACAUCAAUAUGCUCUUCAAAACAGAUUAAAAUUAUUUGGAGAAGAUCAUGUUGACACAGCUAAAAGUUAUCACGCCAUUGGAGUCACACAAAAUAACAUAAAAGAUUAUAAGUCUGCAUUGGAAUCUCAUCAACAUGCUCUUCAAAACAGAUUAAAAUUAUUUGGAGAAGAUCAUGUUGACACAGCUAAAAGUUAUCACGCCAUUGGAGUCACACAAAAUAACAUAAAAGAUUAUAAGUCUGCAUUGGAAUCUCAUCAACAUGCUCUUCAAAUCAGAUUAAUAUUAUUUGGAGUCACUUCAACAUGCUCUUCAAAUCAGAUUAAAAUUGCUUCGAGAAGACCAUGCUGACACGGCUAAAAGUUAUCACGUCACUGGAGUCACACAAAGUUGGAUGGAAGAUUACAAAUCUGCAUUAGACUCACAUCAACAUGCUCUUCAAAUCAGAUUAAAAUUGUUUGGAGAAGAUCAUGCUGAUACAGCUGAAACUUAUCAUAGCAUUGGAGUCACAAAAAGUUGGAUGGAAGAUUACAAGUCUGCAUUAGAGUCACAUCAACAUGCUCUUCAAAUCAGAUUAAAAUUGUUUGGCGAAGAUCAUGCUGACACAGCUGAAAGUUAUCUCGACAUUGGAGUCGCACAAAAUGACAUGAAAGAUUAUAAAUCUGCAUUAGAGUCACAUCAACAUGCUCUUCAAAUCAGAUUAAAAUUGUUUGGAGAAGAUCAUGUUGACACAGCUAAAAGUUAUCACGUCAUUGGAAUCACACAAAAUAACACCAAAGAUUAUAAGUCUGCAUUAGAGUCACAUCAGCUUGCUCUUCAAAUCAGAUUAAAAUUGUUUGGAGAAGUUCAUGCUGACACAGCUGAAAGCUAUCACGACAUUGGAGUCACACAAAAUAACACCAAAGAUUAUAAGUCUGCAAUAGAGUCACAUCAGCUUGCUCUUCAAAUCAGAUUAAAAUUGUUUGGAGAAGUUCAUGCUGACACAGCUGAAAGUUAUCACGACAUUGGAGUCACACAAAAUGACAUCAAAGAUUAUAAGUCUGCAUUAGAGUCACAUCAACAUGCUCUUCAAAUCAGAUUAAAAUUGUUUGGAGAAGUUCAUGCUGACGCAGCUGAGAGUUAUCACGAUAUUGGAGUCACACAAAAUGACAUCAAAGAUUAUAAGUCUGCAUUAGAGUCACAUCAACAUGCUCUUCAAAUCAGAUUAAAAUUGUUUGGAGAAGUUCAUGCUGACGCAGCUGAGAGUUAUCACGAUAUUGGAGUCACACAAAAUGACAUCAAAGAUUAUCUGCAUUAG